ACCGGCGUCACGGUUACAACGUUAUCGCACAGCCAAUGGCACACACCUUCCCUCCCAUGUCAAUCUGUGAGCGUCCAAACCUUGCAGACUCGAGGCUCGGCGGGUUCCGUUCAGCACCACCUCGACGACAUACAUCCUCGCCUUUUCAACGUCCGAUAGCCAGUACUAUCUCGGCAUCCUCCUCUGGGACCUCUGUCAAUCGCCCUGACCUACGUGAGGUUGCGCGACCGAGUCAGCCAUACGGUACCAUCUUCACUGUCCGUCGUGCUUUCGCUCUCCAAGUCUACCCAUUCGCACCUCUCGCCGCCAGACCAAUCGCCAUACAACGCCGUUAUGAGCCUACCCGAGGAACCGUCGGCUAAUGCCGCGAUCUCACUGAACCAGGGCGUCGAAGAGAACACAACGACUCCCGGACCCGACGCGACGCCGUCGCCGACCACCGCCGUCGGUUCAGCGAGCUUAGGCUCUAGCGGAGGCGAUGGGCCCGGACCGUCAUCAUCGAACCCGGCCGUUACGGGUACUAGUGCGGGAGAGUUCCCAGUGCCUCGCGACUCCGCAUCCAGACCUCCGAAUCAGGACCCGCAUGAGCGAACGGAUGGGGCAGAGAAUCCGCCAUCAGGAGACCCUCCAGCGCAGGGAAUAGCGCAGUCAGAUCUUGAAAAGGCUUUCAGCGCACUCGAGAAGUUCAUGAAGCCACGGAACCCAACAGAUGCACCAGAAGCUUGGUUGAAACUGGCGGAUACAGCGUGGGCCUACGAAAAGGACCGUGCAGAUCGAUGGCGCAAUGAAAUCAAUACACUGCUCGUCUUUGCCGGCUUGUUUUCCGCCGUCCUCACCGCUUUCGUGGUUCAAUUAUAUUCCGUUCUGCUGCCGGCACCUGACCCCAACACGGCCAUCCUGGAGCGCAUAGCAGCACAACUCGGUAACAUGGCCACCGAUGCGGUCGCGAGCGCCUCGGUUCCGGUGCCGACGGUUCUCACGAACACUUCAUCUACAAGCAUCUCCUCACCAUCUGCUGCGCCCCGUUGGAUCGCCGCGCUGUGGUUCGUCGCCCUGGUCUUCAGUCUCAGUGCGGCAUCCGUCGGUUUAGCCGUGAACCAAUGGCUGAACUUCCACGCGACGGAGAAAGCUGGGCUGCAAGACGCUGCCCAGAAGGCUUGGACGUGGCAGCUCCGUAGGCAUGCGAUGGACAAGUGGCAAGUGGAGCGCAUGGUCAGCAUCCUUCCGUUUCUCCUGCAGGUUGCCCUUGUCCUCUUCCUCGUCGGGGUUGUGGGCUACCUCUGGGAGCUUGGCUUCGACAUCGCCGUCCCGAGCACGGUCUUCGUCGGCGCCUUGCUUCUCUUUCUAGCUUUCACCUCCGUGUCACCUGCAUUGGUCGAUUACAGUGCCUAUAAGUCUCC